CAAUUUCAUUUUUAAUAUGGGUUCUAAAGCUCUAGCUUUCACCGUUCAGGCAGAAUGUACAGUUACAAAGGCUCGAGCAGGACUAAUGGAGCUACCCCAUUAUAAAGUGAGAACGCCUGUCUUUAUGCCGGUUGGAACACAGGGAACAAUGAAAGGUAUAUUGCCCGAACAAUUGGAAAGUUUGGAUUGUGAAAUAAUAUUAGGAAAUACUUACCACUUGGGCAACCGCCCAGGCACAGAUGUGCUGAACAAAGCCGGAGGCCUUCACAAGUUCAUGGGAUGGAACAGAGCUCUGCUCACUGACUCUGGUGGAUUUCAAAUGGUAUCUCUUCUAAAAUUGGCUGAAAUUACAGAAGAAGGUGUCAAGUUUAGAUCACCUUAUGAUGACUCAGAAAUCAUGUUGACCCCUGAGAAGUCUAUUGAGAUACAAAAUUGUAUAGGUGCUGAUAUUAUAAUGCAGUUGGAUGAUGUUGUCCAAACCACAUUCAAUGAUUAUGAUAGAAUCAAGGAGGCUACUGAAAGAACUAGUCGCUGGCUAGACCGGUGUCUUAAAGCCCAUAAGAGGCCCACUGAACAAAACAUUUUUCCCAUUGUUCAGGGCUUGUUAAAUGCAGAAUUGAGAGAAAAAAGUGCAAGAGAACAUAUGACUAAGGAUGUCAAUGGAUUUGCUAUUGGAGGACUUAGUGGAGGUGAAUCAAAAGAUGAUUUUUGGCCCAUGGUCACCUUGAGUACUGACAUCCUGGACAAAAAUAAACCUCGCUAUUUAAUGGGGGUGGGAGUAGCCAUUGACCUGGUGGUUUGUGUGGCCCUGGGUGUGGACAUGUUUGAUUGUGUGUUCCCAACAAGAACUGCAAGAUUUGGCUGUGCACUUGUCAAUAAAGGACAACUUAAUCUUAAAAAAAAAGAGUAUUCAACUGACUUGAACCCAAUUGACAAGGAUUGUACAUGUUCAACAUGCAAAAACUACACUAGAGCUUAUCUACACUGCAUUGUCACUGUGGAGACAGUUGCUUGCCAUUUACUGUCAGUGCAUAAUAUUGCUUAUCAGAUGCGUCUUAUGAGAACCAUGAGAGAUUGCAUACAAAAAGGAACUUUCCCAGAAUUUGUGAGGAAGUUUGUUAAAGAAGCUUUCCCAGAUGAAAACUACCCUGCAUGGGUGAUUAAUUCCCUUAAUUCUGUUGGAAUCAGCAUAGAAAUUGAUAAAAAUAAAAAUUAAUUAUUAAA